AUGAUUAACGAAAUAGAGUAAGAGCAAGAAUUAGCUUAACACUCAAAGUAUUUGAUGAAAAAAUUCAAUAUAGGAGAGGUAGUUGAGAGAGGAUAAUAUGUUAUUCUGUCUAAGUGCAAGCAUGUUGAUAUUUUCAGAAAGCCAAUUGAUUGCGUUAUUAAAGAAUCUCUGCAUUCUGAAGAUGAACCUAAGUGUUGCACAAAAUUCUGUUUUAAUCUAAUCAACGAAUAUCAAGUCUCUUCUCAACUUUCUCAUCCUAACAUCGUUUAGCCAUAAUGUGCUAAUUUUAAAUAUGAUGGCGGUUGUUCUGUUUUAUUUCCAUAAGCUGAAUGCGAUGCGUUCUCUUAUCUUCUAAAUGGAGUGUUAGACAUUUCAGUAGUCAAACUCUAUUUUAAAUCUAUGAUUUUAACAUUAAACUAUCUCCAUAAUUAACAAUUGUUCGCCCAUAACGACUUUAAGUUAGAAAAUGUCCUCGUUUUUAAAACUGAAAAUGAAAAUGAGAUGUUCUAACUUACUGAUUUUGGGUAUUCAUAUUACUUGGGUAACAAACAUAAUAAUUGUAGAAACUACAGUAAAUACUGGACAACCAGAAACACCAUUUUUUUAUCUCCUACAAACUGCUAAAGUAUCCAAUUCAAGCAGUUUAGAAACCUGAGAGAAAAGGAAGGAGAUAUGUUUGGGUUAGGCUGCACCCUUUUCAUGAUCCUAUUCAGAAAAUACCCUUUUGGAUCUAACUUACCCACACUUAAUGAAAAACUUAAAGUCUGUGAAGACAUUUAGAAGUUUGGCUAUCAGUACUUCUUGCAAUUUUAAACAGCAUUCAAUAUUUAUGAAAAUGAUUGGGUUAUUCUUAUUGACCUAAUAAUUUAAUUGCUAGUAAUAGAUGACAGCUGCAGAGCUACUUCACUUUAACUCAUGAACCACCCAUGGGUUUGUUAAUAAAACAACUGA